AUGACCUCUGCUAUGGAAAAGCGCCUUUUGGGCAAGACAAUCCUCAUCACCGGCGCCUCUUCUGGUAUCGGUCGUAGUACAGCCCUAGAAUUCGCACGCACAGCGCCAAAUGAUCUACGGUUAAUUUUGGCAGCAAGAAGGAUCGAUAGAUUAGAAGAGCUGAAGGCUCAGAUUGUUAAAGAGGUCGGUGAUGGGGUCAAAGUUUUGUGCACUUCAUUAGAUGUGAGCAAGCCGGACAAUAUCAAGAAGUUUGUUCAAAGCCUAGCAAAUACCGAAUGGGGGGAUGUUGAUAUACUUGUCAACAACUCAGGUCUGGUCAAGGGCAUCGCCAGAUCUCCAGAGAUAUCUCAAGAAGAUAUCGAUGUAAUGUUCAACACUAACGUUACUGGCCUGAUAGCAAUGACCCAAGCCAUCCUUCCCAUCUUCCUCGCGAAAGAUUGCGGUGAUGUGAUUAAUAUUGGGUCAAUUGCUGCUCGAGACCCUUAUCCUGGUGGAUCCAUUUACUGUGCCACGAAAGCUGCGGUUCGAAGUUAUACGGAUUCCUUGCGGAAAGAAUUAAUAAAUUGUCGCGUCCGCGUUAUAGAGAUUGAUCCGGGUCAGGUAGAGACGGAAUUUAGCGUUGUGAGGUACUCGGGCGAUGUGGCCAAGGCCAAUGCUGUCUACGCCGGUUGUGAUCCACUAACUCCGGACGAUAUUGCGGAAGUUGUUGUUUUUGCGGCUAGCCGGCGAGAAAACGUUGUACUGGCCGAGUCAUUGAUCUUCCCCAAUCAUCAGGCUGCAGCGACCUUUAUGCAUCGAAAACCUGGAGCAUGA